UUAUGCUAUUAAUAUGAGGAUUAUGUCGGCAGAUAAUCUGUAAAUAUUUAUGUAAGCGAUUAAAGAUCCCGAAGACAUGUCAUAAUUUGUGAUGGUGACCGUAGCCGACACACCCCGAAUUGUUUCCUCAUUGAAAAAAAAGUGAUUUAAAGAGGGCAAUAAGUGCAGUGGUGUAGUAGUUGCAUAUAGUGCUAGUCCAAAGCUAAACUCACACACACUCUUUUCAUUCUUCCCAAAACAGAAAGAAAGAAAGAAAGAAACAAAGCCUAUCACAUGACUCGUCCCUUCAGGUACUUAGGUGAGCACACCUCGUCCUCCACCUCACCUGAUUCCGCCGCCACCGUCGACUCCGACUUCGUCGUCAUCCUCGCCGCUCUCCUCUGCGCUCUCAUCUGCGUCCUCGGCCUGGUCGCCGUCGCCCGCUGCGCCUGUCUCCGGCGCCUACGCCUCUCCUCCACCACCGCUCCGCCUCUUCCACCUCCUCUUCCCGCCGCUGCCAACAAAGGCGUCAAGAAGAAGGUCCUCCGCUCCAUCCCGAAGCUCACCGCGACCGCCGAAUCCGCGGUGAAAUUCUCCGAUUGCGCGAUCUGUCUGACGGAGUUCGCCGCCGGAGACGAAAUCAGAGUGCUGCCUCAGUGCGGCCAUGGCUUCCACGUGUCCUGCAUCGACGCGUGGCUCAAAUCGCAUUCUUCGUGCCCUUCCUGCCGACAGAUUCUGGUAGCGGCUUCCAGAUGCGACAAGUGCGGCGGGAUUCCUGCCCCUGCCGCCAGCACCAGCUCCACCACCGCGCCUCCGCCACCGGAAUCCGAAGCCAGAUUAAAAGUAAGAGAAGACGAUGCCAACAGAUCGGAGUUCGUUUGAUUGCCGAUGACAUGACCUAGUUGUUAUGUGGUUACUGGUUAUGGCACCAUCAUCAUCACCAUCAGAUUCUGUAAGGUUGAAGAUGGAGGAGCAAUGAGACACAGUGAUGCAGUUUUUCUUUUGUACAUGGACUUCAGGGUGUGUGCUCAACUUUUAGGGAUAAAGCUUUAUGUUGUGACUGUGAGAAAAGGGAAAAUCAUAUUGCUUGUUAGUUGUUCAUAAUUAGUUUGCAAUUUAGUAGCAGUUAUUUUUCUGCACUUUGAA